UCUGCAUUAAUCUCAAGCCUGGCAGAAGGUCUUAACCAAACCUUACAGGACGAUAUUAAUUUUGGAUCAACAUAGGAUUCCGGUGGUGCUUUGAUGCCUCCUGCCCUGUUUUCAUUGGAGAGGAGUUGUUCCGAAAGCGCUCCGUCGUGACAUCAUUGGCUGAUGAUCCAGGAGGAAAUCCAGAGCUGUUGGGGAAGAUGCAGGACAGCAGUUCGCCCCUGCACUGCGCCUUUCUCCUCAAAUGCAACCCAAAAGACAAGUGGUCCGAUUGAUCCGUGCAUUUUAAGAGUGAAGUGAAGAUUGUUAACUCGUUUUUUUUGUUUAUUAGGAUCAGUUUACUACGUUUUGGGGGCAGCCUUUUGUGAACGUGAACUUUCGUUUGAAGUUCUGCCCCAUCUCUCACCUGCUGAAGCAAGUGGACUAUUGCUUAUAGGCUUGGAUUAUACUAUGACAUUGGACGCAGAGCCAAUGGAGGACAUUGACAUCGACGUGGUAGGGGAAGGCAGUAAAGGUGCCGAGGAGGACGAUCUGAAGGCGUCGGCGUCUUUGGACACUAAAGACGGGUCCGAGUACGGCUCGGCCACGGCAACGCUCCCGGCUAAACAGCAUGAUGACGACGCAGCCUCCGGCAACUCCUCCCCGAGGUGCCCGGCAGUCUCGGGCAAAAACCCUCUAGUAAAGCCCCCGUACUCGUACAUCGCCUUGAUAACCAUGUCCAUCCUCCAGAGUCCGAAGAAGCGACUCACCCUUAGCGAGAUAUGUGACUUCAUCAGCCAGCGCUUCCCCUACUACCGGGAGAAGUUUCCGGCGUGGCAGAACUCCAUCCGACACAACCUCUCGCUCAAUGACUGUUUUGUCAAGAUGCCCCGAGAGCCGGGCAAUCCUGGGAAGGGCAACUACUGGACCAUGGACCCAGACUCCUCCGACAUGUUCGAGAACGGAAGCUUUUUGCGCCGGAGGAAGCGCUUCAAAAGGCAACACUUCAGGUUUGGAAUUCUCAAAGAACAAGCGCUCGAGGCCACUGGCUUUCCUCAUUUUCCAUAUGGGCGAUACGGGUUUGGUUCGGCUUGCCUGCAGCUCCCACGUCUAGAUAUGUAUCCCCUCCGCUUCCAUCAACACUCACACCCAACCUGUGCGCCCGCUAUCCCACCUGGAAGCGCCAGCAUCCUACCCUCGCUCUCCACGCUCCUCUCCCGGAACGCUUUCGCCGCUAAAGCCUCCGCGGAGUCUCCAGGGAUGGCCAUGGAGUGCUUUAAUCCGGCUCGCCCUAACGCCCACUGUUCAGCACUUUCCCUUGACUCUCCCUUCAUGUCAUCUGCGAUAUUCCCACACAAUACUUUCCCACACCUUCUCAAUCUACAGUACGAGUACGAGAAACUCCAAAGUUUGCGCUCGGAUUUAACGAACAAACACAUGGUCAGCAAUUAAAA